AACCCUGAAGCAUAUCCUGACUUUGCAAGGUUUACUCGGUCUCUCUGGUUUGGUUUGCGAUGAGAGGGAUCAAUCGAGUGAUGUUCGCAGGCAGAGCCUUAACACGCGCCACCACCGCCGCCGCCGUCGGCACCCUUCACCAACUACCGCGAGUAGCUCCUUUUGGCGGCGCAUGCGGGAGUUUUCACCCUCUGAAUCUCGUUGAUCGCUCGAGUCCCUCUGAAGCUCACAGCGUCACCGGAUUCAGGUAUCAUAGUUCUGCUGCUGCUGCCGCUACGUCUCUAGCUCAAGACCUCCAGGCCAAGGGUUCAGAAACGGGAAUCAAACCCAAAAACUGUGUUCUCUUUCAAUACGAGGCUUGCCCUUUCUGUAACAAGGUUAAAGCAUUUCUGGACUAUUAUGAUGUUCCAUACAAAGUAGUGGAAGUAAACCCAAUGAGCAAGAAGGAGAUCAAAUGGUCUGACUACAAGAAGGUUCCUAUUCUGACUGUUGAUGGUGAACAAAUGGUUGAUUCUUCAGGUUCAAAGCCACCUUACCAGUCCUUAUCAGUAAUCUUGUUAUCGGUGAAUGUUGUUUUAAAUUUAAACUCACUCAUUCUUUUUGCAGACAUAAUUGAUAAGUUGGUCAAAAGGAUACGUCCAGAUUAUGACCUUAAUGCAGAUGAAGAGAAGAAGUGGCGCGAGUGGGUGGAUAAUCACUUGGUGCAUGUUUUGUCUCCAAACAUAUAUCGAACUGUUUCCGAGGCUCUUGAAUCGUUUGAAUAUAUAACAACUCAAGGCAAUUUCAGUUUAUCUGAGAGGUUAGUGGCAAAGUAUGGUGGGGCUGCAGCUAUGUAUUUUGUGUCAAAGAAAUUGAAGAAGAGACACAAUAUCACUGAUGAGCGUGCUGCAUUGUAUGGAGCUGCAGAACAGUGGAUUGAUGCUUUGAAGGGCCGAAAAUUUCUUGGUGGAUUGGAUCCCAAUUUAGCAGAUCUCUCAGUCUUUGGUGUUCUAAGACCCAUCCGCCACCUCAAGUCAGGUAGAGAUAUGGUAGAGCAUACACGGAUUGGGAAAUGGUAUUCUGAGAUGGAACAGGCAGUAGGACAGUCUUCCAGGGUGACUGAGCGUGUGUAGAGUAGAGUGAGUUUCAACCUAUGAAUUGACGAGGCAAGGCUUUAUGGAGAAAUGAAAUAAGUUUGUUUCUACUAAGUUUGACGGGUCUUAGUAAACAAUACACUUUUAUAGUUUUUACUAUGGUAUUCACCAUGUGUUUAUAGUGGUGAUUUUAUUGUGGGGAUCUGUGAUCACCUACUGUUUUGGAAAGUCCAGGUAUAUAUUGCACUCUGGAAUAAGCACAUAAUAGUCUAAACAUCUCUUUUGCCUCACAAAUACAAACCAUGGUAGUUCCUUUUAA